GUCGCGCACUGAGGAGGCCAGAAGGUUUCUGGCGGCGCCGGCGCCAUUUUGCCGGAGCCUGCGACCGAGUGGGAGUGAAGUGGAGCGGCCGUUGUUGCCGACUCUUUCCUCCUCCCCACGGUCCAGUCAGCGGGUUGAUUAGGCCCUCGGCCCUCGAGCCGAGACUCGUCUCUUAUUUAGUUCUGGGGGAGCGCCUGGCCGACAUGAGUGAUGUAGAGGAGAACAACUUCGAGGGCAGAGUUAAUGUUCGUGAAGAAAUUGAAGAGUUUUUUCCAAGAAUGUGGAAGAUAAAUCAAGAUAAAAGAAGGCUAAUGAAAAGUAUUAAAGAUCAGAAAAUUAAAAUUGAAUGGGGGAAAAAAUUGAACAGAAGAUUGGUCAGAUAGAAGCACUUGAAUAUUUUUUUUAAGGCUAUUUUGAAUUGUUUGAAUUGGGGAAGAAUACACGAAGUAUGAAAAAUGAAAAACUCAAUGAAGAAUGAAGAGAAGUAGAAAGCAAGAGUGAAGUAGAAUUAAAAGAAUCUGGAAGAAUGAAUGGGUCCUAGGUUAAGUAAAUGAGUCUCGCUCUCAGUCAAAAUCUCCAACGGGAACUCCUGCUCGUGUAAAAUCGGAGAGCAGGUCAGGAUCUCGUAGUCCAUCAAGGGUUUCGAAACACUCUGAAUCCCAUUCUCGAUCAAGAUCAAAAUCCAGGUCGAGGUCAAGGAGGCAUUCUCAUAGACGUUACACUCGAUCCAGAUCCCACUCUCACUCUCACAGGAGACGAUCUCGGAGUAGGUCAUAUACACCAGAAUACCGGAGACGAAGGAGCCGAAGUCAUUCUCCAAUGUCUAACCGGAGAAGACAUACAGGCAGCAGGGCAAAUCCAGAUCCAAACACAUGUCUUGGAGUGUUUGGCCUCAGUUUGUAUACAACAGAGAGAGAUCUUCGUGAAGUGUUUUCUCGAUAUGGACCCUUAAGUGGUGUCAAUGUGGUUUAUGAUCAGCGAACUGGACGAUCCCGAGGAUUUGCUUUUGUGUAUUUUGAGAGAAUAGAUGAUUCAAAAGAGGCUAUGGAAAGGGCAAAUGGAAUGGAGCUGGAUGGCAGAAGAAUUCGUGUGGAUUAUUCUAUCACCAAGAGAGCACACACACCUACACCUGGCAUCUACAUGGGCAGACCAACUCAUAGUGGUGGCGGCGGCGGUGGCGGAGGUGGUGGCGGUGGUGGAGGUGGUGGCAGACGUCGAGAUUCUUACUACGACAGAGGAUAUGAUCGUGGGUAUGACAGAUAUGAAGACUAUGAUUACCGGUACAGAAGAAGAUCACCAUCUCCUUAUUAUAGUCGAUACAGAUCACGAUCAAGAUCUCGUUCCUACAGUCCAAGGCGUUAUUGAUAACAGAAUGGUUGCAGUUAAGGACAUUUUUUUCUCUGUAUUUUCUUUUUUCUGUCUUUUUUUUGGUGUGUAAUUCUGGAUUUCCCCACACUUCCGAUACUUCCUGCUCCUUAAAAAGAGCCCUUAAAAAAAUCUGUGGUUUAUUUAGCAUCUACACUUUCUGUUGUGUUGCUGUUUUCCACUCUUUAUUAUACUCUUAAAGAUGUAAUUGUUGGUCAUUUUGAGUAGUUAAACAUCUUGAGUAAAAAAGGAAUCCCAGUGUUACGCUUUGUAAAUGAUUUUUCUUUGCUUUUACGAAGUUAACUCCUAGCUAAUCAAAUGAGGAAAGAAAUGAUCUUUUAAAAGCUUCUUUUGUGUUAGAUACUGUAGUAGAGAUCUACAUUUAUGAGGAACUCCUUUUCUUCUUAACUUUCUUUUGGGGAAGUUGGUAACACACAAAACUAGUUCAGUCAUGCCAGGUUUGUCUGGGGUGGCAUGGAGCAAAUAGUUGAGUUUAGAAAUUUCGAAGCUAUAGAAGAAAACACUUGGACAUUUCUUUGGAAGAACGGAAUUUUUGAACCUUAAAUUAAGUCAUUUUUCAGAGAUGAAAACUUCGCGGGCUCCUGCAUAAAACAUGUAUUUGAAACACAUCUGUUACACCUUAAAAACUUAAAAGUGUGAUUUUGUGUUAAACUUAUCGAAGUUAAAGUAUUCCCUUAAUCAGUGAAGGACAACCCUUAUUUAUUACCUAGAGCAAGUGUAUAAUUUGCUGUUAUAAAUUUUGGUAUUGGGACAAUGGCUAAGCAGGUUAUUGCAUAGUAUAGAGUCCUUAGAAGAUACUUGUGGGGAAAUGUAGUCUUUCAAAUAAAAGUUAAUUUCUU